CCUGCCUGCCCGGCUCCCUGCCAUUGCCAGGAGGAUGGCAUCAUGCUGUCAGCUGACUGCUCCGAGCUCGGGCUCUCAGUGGUGCCAGGGGACCUGGACCCCCUGACGGCUUACCUAGACCUCAGUAUGAACAACCUCACAGAGCUUCAGCCGGGUCUUUUCCGCCACCUGCGCUUCUUGGAGGAGCUGCGGCUCUCUGGGAACCAUCUCUCACAUAUCCCGGGACAGGCAUUCUCCGGCCUCCACAGCCUGAAAAUUCUGAUGCUGCAGAGCAACCAGCUCCGAGGGAUCCCAGCAGAGGCACUGUGGGAGUUACCCAGCCUGCAGUCACUGCGCCUAGAUGCAAACCUCAUCUCCCUGGUUCCCGAGAGGAGCUUUGAGGGGCUGUCCUCUCUCCGCCACCUCUGGUUGGAUGACAAUGCACUCACCGAGAUCCCUGUCAGAGCCCUCAACAACCUUCCUGCACUACAGGCCAUGACCCUGGCUCUCAACCACAUCCGCCGCAUUCCGGACUAUGCCUUCCAGAACCUCACCAGUCUUGUGGUGCUGCAUCUGCAUAACAACCUCAUCCAGCAUGUGGGAACCCACAGCUUCGAGGGGCUGCAUAACCUGGAGACACUAGACCUGAACUAUAAUGAGCUACAGGAGUUCCCCGUGGCCAUCCGGACCCUGGGCAGGCUGCAGGAACUGGGUUUCCACAACAACAACAUCAAGGCUAUCCCAGAGAAGGCCUUCAUGGGCAACCCCCUCCUGCAGACAAUACAUUUUUAUGACAACCCAAUCCAGUUUGUGGGAAGGUCGGCAUUCCAGUACCUGUCUAAACUGCACACGCUAUCCUUGAAUGGUGCCACUGACAUCCAGGAGUUCCCAGACCUCAAAGGCACCACUAGCCUGGAGAUCCUGACCCUGACCCGAGCAGGCAUCCGGCUGCUCCCACCAGGAAUGUGCCAACAGCUGCCCAAGCUCCGAAUCCUGGAGCUGUCUCAUAAUCAGAUUGAAGAGCUGCCCAGCCUGCACAGGUGUCAGAAGUUGGAGGAAAUUGGCCUCCAACACAACCGGAUCUGGAAAAUUGGUGCUGACACCUUCAGCCAGCUGAGCUCCUUACAAGCUCUAGACCUGAGCUGGAAUGCCAUCCGGGCCAUCCACCCUGAGGCCUUCUCAACCCUGCACUCCUUGGUUAAGCUGGAUCUGACUGACAACCAGCUGACUACACUGCCCCUGGCCGGCCUGGGGGGCCUGAUGCAUCUGAAGCUCAAAGGGAACUUGGCCCUGUCUCAGGCCUUCUCCAAGGACAGUUUCCCAAAACUGAGGAUCCUGGAGGUACCCUAUGCCUACCAGUGCUGUGCCUAUGGCAUCUGUGCCAGCUUCUUCAAGACCUCUGGGCAGUGGCAGGCUGAGGACUUUCACCUGGAGGAAGAAGAAGCACCAAAGAGGCCCUUGGGUCUCCUUGCUGGACAAGCUGAGAACCACUACGACCUAGACCUGGAUGAGCUCCAGCUGGAGAUGGAGGACUCAAAGCCACAACCCAGUGUCCAGUGCAGCCCUGUUCCAGGCCCGUUCAAGCCCUGCGAGCAUCUCUUUGAGAGCUGGGGCAUCCGCCUUGCGGUGUGGGCCAUCGUGCUGCUCUCGGUACUCUGUAACGGGCUGGUGCUGCUGACAGUCUUUGCCGGCGGCGGGCCCAGCCCGCUGUCCCCGGUCAAGCUUGUGGUAGGUGCAAUCGCAGGCGCCAACGCCUUGACUGGCAUUUCCUGCGGUCUCCUGGCCUCGGUGGAUGCCUUGACCUUCGGCCAAUUCGCUGAGUACGGAGCCCGCUGGGAGACCGGGCUAGGCUGCCAGGCUACGGGCUUCCUGGCCGUCCUGGGGUCGGAGGCGUCGGUGCUGCUGCUCACACUGGCCGCGGUGCAGUGCAGCGUCUCGGUGACCUGCGUCCGGGCCUACGGCAAGGCGCCGUCGCCCGGCAGCGUCCGCGCGGGCGCACUGGGGUGCCUGGCGCUGGCCGGGCUGGCCGCCGCGCUGCCGCUGGCCUCGGUGGGCGAGUACGGAGCCUCCCCGCUCUGCCUGCCCUACGCCCCGCCCGAGGGCCGGCCGGCCGCUCUGGGCUUCGCUGUGGCCCUGGUGAUGAUGAACUCUCUCUGCUUCCUGGUCGUAGCUGGCGCCUACAUCAAGCUCUACUGUGACCUGCCUCGGGGCGACUUUGAGGCCGUGUGGGACUGCGCCAUGGUGCGGCACGUGGCCUGGCUCAUCUUUACCGAUGGCCUUCUCUACUGCCCCGUGGCCUUCCUCAGUUUUGCCUCCAUGCUGGGCCUCUUCCCUGUCACCCCCGAGGCUGUCAAGUCUGUCCUUCUGGUGGUGCUGCCUCUGCCUGCCUGCCUCAACCCGCUGCUCUACCUGCUCUUCAACCCUCACUUCCGGGAUGACCUUCGGAGGCUCUGGCCAACCCCUCGGUCCACGGGACCCCUCGCCUAUGCUGCAGCCAGUGAGCUGGAGAAGAGCUCCUGCGACUCCACCCAAGCGCUGGUGGCUUUCUCCGAUGUGGAUCUUAUUCUGGAAGCUUCUGAGGCUGGGCAGCCUCCUGGGCUAGAGACCUAUGGCUUCCCUUCAGUGACCCUCAUCUCCCGUCAGCAGCCAGGGGCCACCAGGCUGGAGGGAAAUCAUUUUGUAGAUCCUGAUGGUACCCAGUUUGGGAACCCACAACCUCCCAUAAAUGGAGAACUGCUGCUGAGGGCAGAGGGAACCACGUUGGCCGGCCGUGGUUCUGCAGCGAGUGGAGUCUUCUGGCCCUCUGGCUCUCUCUUUGCCUCUCACUUGUAAAUACCCCUUCUUGUUUGUCCUCUCCCCUCUCAAUGAUGGCUGCUUAUAAAAAACAAAAAAAGUACAACUAAAACUCCACAGCAGGAUGGCCAGCCACCCCUGGCUCUGUUGUGCUCCCUCCAUGGCUAUAACCAAUGAAUCUUGUUUUGACCUGGUCCUCUUCAGCUGUACUUCCUUCCCGGGUCUUCCCUGUCAAAUCCAAAUAUGUAGAACAGAGACCUGGAAAUUUGCUUAGGAGAAAGGAGGAAAGUAAAAGACAGUGAAGCUAGUUGGGAGCUGACAGGACCACUAUCCGUGAGUGUGCAGUGAGCAGGGAGACAGGCAUGGAAGAAAAGUACCAAAGACAUGGAAGUAUCUCCCCUAUGACUCGUGGAUGGGAUAUAAAAUGUGUUCUGCGUCCCAUUAAUCUUGACCUAUGCCAUGCAAAAGUGCUUCCUGUUCAAAUAUGCUUUGGAAGCAGUGCCUAUUGUGCCCCUUUCUUAGAGUCAUGGGGUCAUGCUAGUGUCUAAAAGGUCUUGAAAAUUAGGACCUUUUAACUUAAUUUCUGCAUCGGUUAAACUUAAUUGCCUGACAAUAGGUUUCUGUUUGCUUUUUAUGGAAUACUUGUAAAUAUCUCACAGAACUUAGCAUGGUUUUCUCCCAGGGGACUCAUCUUCACACCAUGGAGUGCUACCCAGUCAUAUCACAAGAUACCACCCUCCUUGAAAGCCCUUCAGAAGCCAACCUGGGGUAAAGUACCAGAGGUGACUGGUGAUUCCAUCAUCUAGGAGAGACUGCUCACAUUCUGCUGCCCAUCCUACUCCUCCUACCAGGUCAGAGACCUGGAGAAGCUGUCUCAGCCCCAUGAAGUGGGGUAGGGAGAAAGAGACCCUUGUGUGUGUCACCCACACCAUACAACCUCAAGCACCAAUGAAAUUUCUGUCCUCUGCAAGACAGGAUUCUCAGGUCCUGGUAAAGUGCACACUGGGAAGUCUGUGGUUCUAUGGGCUCCCCCUAACUCAAUGUUACUUUUGUAUGGUUUUACAUUGUUUGCCUCCUGCCACAAUUGGGCCUCUCUUCUCAUCCCAAUCCUGUUUCUGGGAGUGGUAGGCAAUCCAAGAAAAGGGGUAUUUGUAUUGUGGGUAUUUCAUUUUAGGGAGUAUUAUAGCUGUCUGGGACUCAUGGGUACCUCCAACAGGCCAUUGAUCCUGCUUCUCCCUUUAUGACCUUCCUUACCUUAUGCUUUUCCAAGUGCAGUUGAGGGACUACAAAGCGCCUUCUACCCCACUCCUAACACAGAAAUUUAAUCUCAGGAGAGAAGGUAAGAAGUAGGGGGAAUCCAAGACUCAAUAAUAUGUGAUAAUUGCUCCUUGGAAUCCCCAACGUCAUUAUAUUGAGAAGACUUGAUCUGGAUCCUGAGGUCCAGUAGAGCUCCAUUCUCUGCCUGGAUGCUGUGUUGUGAUCCUUAGCAGAUCCCUCUCUCCAAGAACUCCACCUUUAAAAGAAGCUGUAAAGGUCCUUCUGUAAGUUUACUAGUUACCUCUCCAUAGCGUAGCUUCUCCCUCUGCCCCCAAUGCCAGUAAAAUUCUGGCAUAGGUCAAGGAGUGGAGUGGGAGGAUGAGUAAGAGGCCAUGCCUGGAGCUUGAAGCAUCUCUGAAUCCCAUGUGACUCACCGAGUAGCCCCUGGACUUCCAAAGCAGAAAAAGCAUACUUUAUCAUUUCUUUAGGGUCCUCUCGUUGGGUCAGUUUCAGACAGAGUAGGCAUUCACUAAAUGAUGGAUCAUUUAUUUAUCAGUUGUUUCAGGGUGCCUGAUCUCUUUAUUUCCCCAGGGAUGAUCAAGAGUCCUUAAUGGGAAAAGGUUUUGUUUUGUUUUCCUGAGACUUGGUGUUUCUCUGAGAUUACCCAGGGACGACAACAUUUGUAUUAUUUUGGGGAUCCUUGACUUCUAGAAAGUCACCCUAGAUUUUGUUCUUUCUGCCACCAACACUAUGGGAUCAUUGGUCCCUUUGGAGUUAAGGAACCGGCCUAGAGUGGCCUUAUAUUGGUGGUCGGGAAAUACAGGAAUUGUUCUUAAAGAUGUCUUCUAUGAAAGUGAGUCAGUCCUUUCAGGCUGCAAGCUUUAGUGUGGCACCAUUGUCAUCUUAUUGUCUGUUUCUAAAGAUCUGGACAUCAGCCACAGCUGGCCUUUCUAGUUAAAGAAGAAUUAAGGGAGACAAGAGUUGAAGUUGUCCUCUAUAAACUAUUAUUCAGGACAUCUAGCCAAGAGUGGUGGUGCACACCUGUGAUUCCAGCAUGUGGGAUGUGAAGGCAGAAAGAUGGAGAGUUGAGGUCAUCCUCAGCUACAGCGUGAGUUUGAGGCUAGCCUAGGCUACAUGAGACUCUGUCUCAACAAACAAACAAACAGACCCAAAAUACUAGUUCAUGUACCUUUACCCCAAAUAAGAUUGAGUAGUAAAGUUUCUUUGGGUUUUGUUUGUGGCUAAAUUUCUAGCAAGUCAGUAUGCUACUCCUUUGGUUCUGUCCUUUGUGAUCAGUCAAAGACCAUGUGUCUUCUCCUAAGCAAAUUUCCAGGUCUUCGCUCUACACAUUUGGAUUUGGCAGGAAAGACUAUGUGUCCUAGACUCUUCACAAGAUGGGAAAUUGCGCUGUUCAGAGUAUAUAAGUCAACUGUUGUCAUCAACAGAAUCUUCCCAAAUAGUGUCCAUGGGAAAGAAUCCACUCCAGGAGCUAAGAUGGUGGUGGUAGAAAUGUCAGGACUUGGUAUGUACUGCCUUGGAUUCUGUGCGCCAUUAGCUAGUGCCAACCGUGACCUUUACUUAGCCGAGAGACCUUUCGACCAGCUGGACCACGGCUUGCUAACCAUCUCAUCAAAAUGAAAAACCAAAACCAAAUGUACAGCUAAAAAUGGAAGAGUAUGAAUUAGCAGAGCUUCUUGCUAGUCACCAUCCUUCCUCUCUACCACCUUUCCCACUCCUUUGGGCUCCCUUUUCCAGGAAGAGUAAAGGCUUAAAGAGUAAUGGAGGAGAAGAGGGAAGAGCAGGCGACAGGCAGAAGGCCUGCAGGGCCAGGAUGGAAGGAGGUAGUAGGAACCCUGAGCUUCCUAGCACCAAUCCCUCAACUACCUCUUCUCUGGGUUACCAAGUUCUCCUAUGACCCAUCACCUCUGAAUCCCUUCUGAGUUCCAGUCUCAUGCCCUCCCCAGCCAUGUGAAAUAUAAAAAUUAUCAAGAUGUAAAUAUCUGGGUUUUUCUGUAUAAUAAAGCACCAAUGAA